UGGCCCUGAGGGGAGCUCGAGCGGGCUGGGCGCCCUGAGGAGCGGCGGCUCGGUCCCGAGGGGACGGGCGGCGGAGCGGUGAUCACCCUGCGGCUGCCGAGGUGCCGUCGGAGAGACUGUGCUGAGGGGCACUGAAGUGACUUGGGGGUUAAGGGAAUGCGCGGGGGUGUGGAGAGAGCCCAAGAGCGGCCUGGGGCCUAAGGCUCCAGCCCUGUGGCAAAAGCAGGCCGCGCUGGGUGCCCCGGUUAAGGGAGGGUGAGGGACAAGGGGUGUCCCUUUGCCAGGGCUGUGCCUCUGCAAGAGGAGGGUGACACCUGCAGAUCUCCCUCCGAAAAGCUGCUUUUGCUGUAGAGUAACCAACUGACUGGAAGUCUCUCAGGAGCUGUGAGGCGAUUGCACAGGCUGGGUACCAGAAGCACAGGAAGCCGUGGCAGGAACAAGCACCCGAACGUACCAAGCCGGGCGGAUCGUCCCCCGGGCUCCCUGUAUGUGAGAGCCGGGGCCGGCGUCUCGGAGGGAGCCGGGCCGCGGGAGGAGCGGAGGCUUCGGGGAAACGCUUCCUUCCCAGCGCCCGCACCGCCGUGCGCGGCAGCCCCAGCAUGGAAGCCAUCGCCAAGUACGACUUCAAAGCCACCGCGGAUGACGAGCUGAGCUUCAAACGGGGGGAUAUCCUUAAGGUUUUGAAUGAAGAAUGCGAUCAGAAUUGGUACAAGGCAGAACUCAAUGGAAAAGACGGCUUCAUUCCCAAGAACUACAUAGAAAUGAAACCACAUCCGUGGUUUUUUGGGAAGAUUCCCCGAGCGAAGGCUGAAGAGAUGUUGGGCAAACAGAGACACGACGGUGCCUUCCUCAUCAGGGAGAGCGAGAGCGCUCCGGGGGACUUCUCCCUCUCCGUCAAGUUUGGAAAUGAUGUGCAGCACUUCAAGGUGCUUAGAGAUGGGGCUGGCAAGUAUUUCCUCUGGGUGGUGAAGUUCAAUUCUUUGAACGAGCUGGUAGAUUAUCACAGAUCCACAUCUGUCUCCAGGAACCAGCAAAUAUUUCUCCGGGACAUUGAACAGGUGCCACAGCAACCAACGUACGUUCAGGCCCUGUUUGAUUUCGAUCCCCAGGAGGAAGGAGAGCUGGGUUUCCGCCGCGGAGACUUUAUCCAAGUCCUUGACAAUUCUGACCCCAACUGGUGGAAGGGAGCCUGCCACGGACAGACGGGCAUGUUUCCACGCAACUAUGUGACCCCAGUGAACCGGAACAUCUAGAGAUAAAUAUUAGAGAUUAUUUAAAGAAACCAGAGAAACAGUAAAUACACAUACAGAGCCUAACUGCAGCCAGUGACCUAAAAUCACACGGCGAUAAAACCUGAGUCACCUUUCACCAUGAGGUGAUCCUCCUUCACUCAGUAUGGAACUUCAGGGCUGGGGGGGGGGAAGAGUUCAACUUACACACCAAAACUUAUCUUAAAAACAAAAAAGAGAGAGAAAAAAAGAAAAUAACAGUUUUCCUCAGCUGCUCCUGGGUUACCCCCUUUCAUUUGCUCUUCUUGUUUCCCCCUCCUCCUCUGUCCAUCAGUGCAUGAAGUUUUAAUGCCAUAUAAAGUCCUAGCCGUGCAGUUAAAGGAAAAGGGAGAAACUCUGCUGGUAUUUUCUCUCUCUGCAAACGGUCUUCAUUUGACAUGAAGGGACAUGAGAGAAGAACCAAAUCCACAGUCCUGCCUUUAAAAAAAAGCAAAAAUCAUCAGUCUCUGCUUUUGCCUUCACCAUUCAGCUCUUCUUGCCUGGGAAAGAUGAGGUGUUAAUCUGAUUUUUAUUGUCUCUUCUCCUUUGGCACUUUGUUCUGAAGCUCAGCAGCUUCCAAGCAGGGGAAGGGAGAAGAGUUGUGUGGCUUUUUGUUUCUUUUUCUUUUGUUUCUUGUUUCUUUUGAGUCACAGAGCUGCUUUGAGAAACACCAACGUGCAACUGAAGUCUGGUAACGCUGUGCUGACAGCUUUUUUGUUGUUUCUUAAAGGUGUACGGUUGAGCACAUUCUGCAUUUUUUUCCAUAGUGCCUUUCCCUUACUUUCUUUUUUAUUAUUUUUUAAGUUAAAAGGACAGUCCAGAGCUUUUCAGAGGGUUUUUUUUUUCCUGCCUAUGUGUAAAUAAAUACUUUUAGGGGAAGGGUGUAAAGGAGGGUGGUUUUAUCAAUGGACAUUUGAGAAAAAACUACCAACACAGAUGGAGCUUUAAUCUUCAGAUUUGUCUUACAGUUCAACUUUCCUUAUUCCAAGGAAAAUAAAAUCAAGGCAUGCAAGUGGCAGCUUAGGCUGCUCACAGGUGGGGAGCUGCAACCUCAAAGUAAGAGGAAGGGGGAAGUUAUAACCAGGGAAAACGAGGACAAAUAUUUUGGGGAGGGGAGGGCUAAGGGUGGAAUUUGAGAAAUAAUAGCCCUGAGAUGUCCUGUAAAGUGUACAUUCCUUUUCAUGGAAAACUUCAUAAUGCAGAGAAACCUCAAGAAAUAGUGCUUGAAAAAAAAAAAAACAAACUACAACUUUAUGCUAUUAGUGAAUGUUUCUACAUGAUGCAUGUAAUCAGCCUGGCUCUUUGGCCUGGAUAGGGAAUAUCUGCAGUCGUGUUGCUCUUGGAACGUGGGAUUGGCAUCACUGUUGUCCAGUUUCUCUUCCCUCCUCAGGUCAGUGUUCCUGUUGCCGUAGACCCCCGCCCCGCUCCCUGUUCACAGCAGGCUGUGUGAUGACUGUAACCCCCACCCCGCACCAUAACGCCAAUUUUGUGGCCGUUUGCUCCUCCACCAGAGCAGUGUGACGUUAAAUUGGACGGAAAGGAAAGCAAUCCAGCCGCACCGCUCUCUGUGCCAAUCUUCAGUUGCGUUCUUUUUCCUUUGAAUGGCCGUUUGGCUGGAUCCCUUCACCCCACCAACGAAUCCAAAAACUGCAGCGGAGAUCUCCUCCCGCCCUGCCUGAGCUCGGGCAAUCUUCUGUUGGAGGGUGCCUUUUUUUGUACUAAGUGUUACAAAUGUUUUAUUCCUGAGAUGGACUCUGCCUUACACUUUAAUUUUCCAGCAGAUGAAAGAGAGAGCUAUCCCGUAGAGUAUUACUUUCUCCCCCUCUCCUUGCUAGCUGUCACUCACUUUCUUUCUUCUUUGUAAAGUGAUUGGAAAAGGAAUCUAUGGCAUUCUACACCUGGACCAUUUGAUUGUUUCCUUAUUUUGGAAUUGGUGUAUAUCAUGCAGCCUUGCAGACAUAUGUCUUGUGUGUGUAUAUAUAUAUUAAAAAAAAAAAAAUCAGUGUUUAAAUAAAAAAGGCCUAUGUACUUAAUCCUUUAACUCUGCAGCAGCAUUUGGUAGAUAGUAAUUAACUGUGAAUAAUAAAUAUACAUUGAAUUCUUCA